UGUCAGGAUGGUGAAGCUGUUCAUCGGCAACCUGCCCCGGGAGGCCACCGAGCAGGAGAUCCGCUCGCUCUUCGAGCAGUAUGGGAAGGUGCUGGAGUGCGACAUCAUUAAGAACUACGGCUUUGUGCACAUAGAGGACAAGACGGCGGCCGAGGAUGCCAUCCGCAACCUGCACCACUACAAGCUGCACGGCGUGAACAUCAACGUGGAGGCCAGCAAGAACAAGAGCAAAGCGUCCACCAAGCUCCACGUGGGCAACAUCAGCCCCACGUGCACCAACCAAGAGCUCCGGGCCAAGUUUGAGGAGUACGGGCCGGUCAUCGAGUGUGACAUCGUGAAGGACUAUGCCUUCGUCCACAUGGAGCGGGCGGAGGAUGCCGUGGAGGCCAUCAGGGGCCUUGACAACACCGAGUUUCAAGGCAAACGCAUGCACGUGCAGUUGUCCACCAGCCGGCUGCGGACUGCGCCCGGGAUGGGAGACCAGAGCGGCUGCUAUCGGUGCGGGAAAGAGGGGCACUGGUCCAAAGAGUGCCCCGUAGACCGCACAGGCCGAGUAGCGGACUUCACGGAGCAGUACAGUGAGCAGUACGGGGCAGUCCGCACACCCUACACCAUGGGCUACGGGGAGUCUGUGUACUACAACGAUGCCUAUGGAGCCCUUGACUACUACAAGCGUUACCGGGUGCGCUCAUAUGAGGCAGUGGCAGCGGCCGCAGCGGCCUCGGCAUACAACUAUGCGGAGCAGACCGCAUCCCACUUGCCUCAAGUCCAGAACACAGCUGUGAGCAGUCAGCUCAACUCCACUUCCGUUGACUCUUAUGACAGACCCCUGCUGCCAAACUCGAGUGCGGCUGCCACUUCAGCUGCUAUGGCGGCUGCUGCCACCACAUCAUCAUAUUACGGAAGGGACAGGAGCCCCCUGCGCCGAGCUGCAGCGGUUCUCCCCACGGUUGGCGAGGGCUACGGUUACGGGCCAGAGAGUGAGCUGUCUCAGGCGUCAGCCGCUGCACGGAAUUCUCUGUAUGACAUGGUUCGGUACGAACGGGAGCAGUAUGCAGACCGAGCCCGGUACUCAGCCUUUUAAAGACUGGAGGUGAGAGCGGGUAGGGUGUGCUUCCGAGUCCGGGUGGUUUUCUGGAAAGAGACCCAGGUUUGCUAGAGGAAGCUAGAGCCGUCUGUUUGCGGCCAGGACUAUAUCCAGAAGGCCCGAUUAUAGUCUUACAUUUUAGCGCAAGCCUGAGGCUCGUGCAGCCUUUGAGAUUUGUGUGUGUGGCUCUAACCAGAUUACUACUUUGGAGUGAAUAACAGACACAGUCUGUCAGUGAAAAUAGCAUUCUUUAACCAGGUAUGCACACAUCUGGGUUAUAGACCAAUAAGUAAGAGAACUAACAUUUGCAGAGUACCUGGUGUUUUUUUUUUUUCCCCUCCCUUACAGGUGAGAGAACCAAGGCUUGUAGAGGUAAAUUAUUUUGCCCAAAUUCAUUUGCUAAUCCAGAGGUAGCAUCGAGCCUCCAAUUCCAGGCGGGCUACUUCCCAAACCCCUGCUCUUUCCACUGCAAGAUCAUGGGUGGUGUAGAGAGUCCGGGUUUGAGAGUUAGGAAUAAAGGGAGAAUUUAAAUUUUAGACCAUUUGCUGGUAAAAUCACUUCCUGAGUCAGGAGUCUUUUUUUUUUUAACCAAAGGAGCCUAUUCUUACACCAUUGAUGUACAAGCCAAAGAAAAUCCUGUUGCUUAGCUUGGUUCAUUUCUAAGAGGCUUCCCUGAGAGUUGGCUGUUUGGGUGCCUCUGCCCCGGGGGAGCCCCUUCUUUAGUGGUCACCCAGAGGCCCGAGUUCUGCACAGCCACCAUGUUCUCUCCGCACGUUAUACUUCCAUUUCUUCCAGCCUUUUUCCUUUGAGGAGCAUUUAAGCAGUUCAAACGGGUACUUUUUUAAUGUGUAUAAAACCCCAUUCCUGGUGACCCUGAAUAUUUUGUCUCCUACUUUAGGAAAUGUAUUCCAAAGGUGUUGACAGGCCAGGAAUAACUAGGAUUUUUAGGAGACCGAUAGUAAAUCUCUUCAUCUGAGUGAAAUUAGCUCAGGAGUUUAUACUCCCUCCCGUGGAUUUUCUUGUAUGUUGAAAUUGAGGUAGCAUUGUCAGCCGAGUUACCAAUGUUCCUAACUCACCCCUCUUUGGUUUAAGUGUAGAAGAAAAGAAAAUCAUUGAAAUGUGCCCUUUUGUGCAACAUGAAAACAAGUGUGGUAUGAACCUGUGGUCAGUUGACAUCCAGGGCUGUGACGAGGACUGGGGAUCAGCGGCGGCCAUCAGCAGUGUGUGUGUUGCAGUCUUGACCUUCCAUGGUUUGCUUUGUCAUGUAUGCUUUGAAUGCAGCUGGAUCUGCCACGGAGAAAGAUAAGCCUCGGAAGUAAGAUGGUAUCACCCGUUCGAUAACAUCUAUUUCUCUCACAUGUUUAAUUUUAAUAUUGAGUUAGUAUUUUUGUGGUCUGUUAGGGUACUUUAAAGUGAAUGUUGGCUGCGGGCAAUGGCUGUUAAAGCUAACCUCUUUAGUGGUGACUCCUAAAAAACUUACCUUCCAGGUGUGAACAUCAAAGGGACUGAAUAACCGUGGGUUGUUGCAGUCCCAGGAGCCAGGAUGAAACACUCCACAACUCUUGGGGAGCCAAAUUCCAGUCUCACCCUAGCAGAACGGAUCCAAGAGCAUGGCAACUUUUGAAGUCGAUUGGCACAGAUGCAGACCAAGAUUGGCCCUUUGUAAUAAGUAGAGGGACUUGGUGUGAGUCCACUUUGGGAUUCCCAUCAUCAAUGGGAGAAUUAGGAAGCGUUUGCAGUGAUUUCAUCUUUUGAUUUGGAAAGGGAGAUGUGGCCAGUUAGGAACACCAGGGGGACCAGGCCUCUCUCUGCCUCCGACUGAAUGGUGUACAGGUGCGGUAGAGUUCAGUAAAUGAGCUCUCCUGGAUACCCUUUGCUUUGUGAGUUUCAUUUCUGAAAACUUGCUGUGGAAGAUGAAGUUUAAAAAGGCAGAGUAGUGCAUUUGGCCAGUUUUUGAGAUCUGGGCGUCUUCCUGCUUUUCUUGGACCCCAAAAUUAAAAUUGUGGUUCUUUAUAAUGUUCAUCCGUUCUUUGUUACAGCCAUGGUAGCUCUAUUAACGGGGGGAGGGGGGGACUGUAAAAAGAUGGAUAAGAAAAUCAGAACACCACAGUCUUCCAGAGACUGUAGCUGUGUGUAGAGGCCUCUCUACUGAUGAGUAGCUUCCUGGGUAAUUACAGGAGUUAGUGGUCGAGCCACACUCAACGUGGUUUUGCCUGCUUUCGUUUCCCCCUGGCAUACAGGACGGGACCAGGGCCCCUGUUCUCGGAGCCGAGCCGCCCCCUGGCAUUGCGUAAGCCUCUUGUGUUGUGCUCUCUUUCAGGUAGGAUAAUUGCGGACUGAACCCUCGGGCUGCGAUCAUAAUAUGAGAGCUUGCUCCGCGCGGUCCCCUUUGCCGGGAUGUUUCCAUUGCUUCAUGUUUCAGUAAACAAAGGAGUUUGUGACCAACUAUGUUUUCUCUCUUUAAUUCUUCUAAGUUGACUUUUCUUUCUUCCUGAUACUGGUCUCUGUAGCCUCUCUCUGUUCCUUACACUGUCAAGCCUCUGAGCAGCUCUAGGUAAGGAUUGCGCUACCUACCCCCACUCCCCUUUCUGCCACUAGCACCCCGCCGGCCGCGCAGCUUGCUUCCCUUGGGAGGUGAGCCUGCUUCCCUGCAACCACACCUGUCCUUUUCAAAUGACCGUGUGGUGGCCACCAGCCAUCCUCUCCUCUGUUCCCUCUGGAUCCUUUCUGACACUAAAGCUAAUCUGAAAUUGCUAGGACCAUUGGGGGCCUGGGUGGGGUCUUGGGUUGUUUUGUUUUUUAUGUCUGACUUGUGAUCGUGGUGCAGCCUUUGCUGAAAUUCAGCCUUGUUUUCACUCCACUUCCCCUCCCUCCCCUUUUUGACAAAUAAACGUUUCUAACACUUGA